UCAGUGUCCUCUUUCUGUGACUGCAAAAGAAUGAACGCUUUAGCUACAAUGAGACGCAGAGUGAUGCACUCGCCAGAUCCAUCACAGAGCACGACAGCAUGGGCGAAGUCUUCAAGAUUGCAGACGCUGCCGCAAAGAUUGUGGUGAGCACGAUUCAUGCGAGCUGUCUUGUCCUCUGACUGCAGUAUGAAUGCUUAUCCCGUGGCAUCCAGCUGAGUGGCGGAUCAAUCGCUGCAGCCGUCGGCCGGCUCAAAGAUUCGGAGGGCAAUUUCAUCGACGCUUUCGAGCUUGCCAAAAGUACAAUGACAGGGCCCGAAGUCUUGAUGUAUAAUGCGUGGCGUCGAGGCUCCAAACCGCCAAAGAUGCGCUGGCACAGUCGUCCAGAAAGUCAGCACGGCCAGACGAUGGCGCCGGUAGGAGACGGAGGUGCACCUGAGCAACGCGUGCGAUCUCAAGCAGGGCACCAUCGACCUCGAUCGCCUCACGACAGUGAGCAUAUCGCUGGCAUUCACGUGGCUUUGCUUCGGCAGGCGCUCCGCGACAUCUACAUGCUGCACGACGUAUCGGCGGCAGAAAAUGUUGUAGACGAAGACGUCGACGCGUUUUUGCACCAGUUUCCACUCUUGUUGCCGCUCGUCACUGCUCAUGCCAAGAUCAUCGCGGUGCGCGACGAUAGUCAAUUGUCUGACACCCUGCAAAACGCUCGCAAGCAUGUCGAAUUCAAGGCCGCGAGUCGAUACGCUGAUCUUCUUGAGGCGCGUCUGUUCGAGUUCGAGGCCUACACCACCACUAUGGUAAGCAAUCUCACGUCCAACAUUCAGGUGCUCAGAGCUCGCGCGAAGGCUUGUGAGCCGAUGAGCACGAUCGGCGACAGCUCCGGGCAUCAGCUCUUCAGCAUACAAACAGCUCUAGACCGCAAUGGGAAUCACUUGGCACAAAAAGGACCAACGCAAGGCACGUACCACGACCAUGCGAUUGGCUCGGCGUCUCAAUACAACAUCAUGCAUGGCGAUGACUUUGAGCAGGACAAACUUCAGAUUCCUUGGCAAGUCAACCAAGUGCACGACCAAAUGCGCUCUCCUGGCGGUCAACGCCUGCCUAUGGAGCCGAGGUCUCAAAAGGACGGUGACGCGCACGGACAACGGCAGCGAAAGCGCGCGACUACGGCCAACCGUCGCGGGUCGGGGAAGAGCAACAUUCCCAAGCGUCGUCGUGGAGCCUCUGGUGCAGCCUCUCGAGGCACCUCGCAUAAAGACGCUGUCACAGAUGCGCGCAAAGCCGGCGGAGGAAACACUCAGCCAAAGCCCAACUCCACACCUGCAAAUCCUCGUCUUGUGCGCCAAGACGACGAAGCGUUCCAAGAGCAAGAGGGGGAUCCUAUGGACGUAGAGGAAGCGGACGACGAGCUCGAAGGAGAGCACCGAUCAGAGUCCGAAGCUCGCUCAGAGGAGGACGAAGCACCCUCGGGUUCAGAGACGAGCAGCUAUCAUCCAGAGGAUCCUGCUUCACCUUAUGCAGACAAACUUCAGAACAGCGUGAGCACCCACCCCGGGCACUCCGCCAAGAUCGCCCAACAGGCAACCUCCAGCCGCUCUAUGGCUCCUUCUGACACUGAGCGUGAAGCAGGCGAAUCUGCGAUGCGCGAGCAAGAGACACACCAACAAAGUGGAUCGGGCGGCGACCAUCCGGCAACCAAUGCCACUACAGGUCCAGGGAGCAUCGAAGCGGCGGUGCUCAAAGGGGCCUUGAGGCAGACGUUGUUGCCUGGUAAACCGCAUCCUCGCGACGCAUCGUCAAAUCAAAAUACAGGAUCUGGUCAACUCUGGGCGCAGCCCAGCCAAAAUUCGCCGCGUCAGGCACCUCUAGACUCCCAGUCCUCUUCGGCGCCGAUGUCGCCUCCGCGUAACCGAAACACCGUGCAGACGGGCUUGCAAAGCGAGCCGCAAAAUGAGGCAAUCAAGUCCAACAUCAAACGCUUUCCCAUGACAGGGCUAGGAAUUUCAAGAAGCGCCUGAGUAGGAGAUGAAGUCAAAACUCACAUUUGUGAGGCUGGCAGCAACCACACCAAACGUCUAGCUUGGCUUGAGCUGCAUCACCGCUCAGCAUGGACUGUAAUACGAGUGCGAAUCGCGCUUUCAACAUCGAUGAUUGUGACA